AUGGACCGAGUCGUUACAAAAACAGUCGACGCUUUAACGCGAUUUGGCGAACGUAUCGAACGACGUUUAUCAACGGGUGAGGAUGAUGAUAAUAAUUUUGGUCUCGAACGAUCAGGAUCAGGCCAUAUGUUUUCAAGUUCGGGAUCAGAAUUUCGUCGACCAUCGGGUGAAAAUUAUAAUUAUUCAUCAAAAAAUCGGGAUUUGGCUUAUGGUCGCGCAGGAAAGAAUUCUAAGGAUAACUUAGCAGCUAUGCCUUCUCCUUAUAAUAAUUUUAAUAACUAUCGACAAAAUUCAAUGGCUAAUCAGUAUGUAGAUCAAAUGGACACAUCACCUUAUGGAACUGGAAUAGGUGGUCCUAUGAAUUACGGUUAUUCUGGUCAAUCUUCAGGUGUACCAUACGGUGCUGCUUCUGGUAAUGUCGGCUAUGCUCCAGAUUAUUAUAUUGCAGAACGACGACAAGUUGAAUUAGUACCUGCUCCACCACCACGAUAUAUUCGACAACCGGUACCUGUUCCUGUGCCUGUUGAUCGUCCUGUACCUCAACCAUAUCCUGUUCGUGUACCUGUCAGCGUACCUGUAGAUCGGCCAGUACCAUAUCCUGUACCGGUAGCGGUUCCUUCACCGCCAGUUCAAGUUCCGGUGCCUGUACCUACUCCGGUUCCAUGCUAUGUACCAGUUGCUGUUCCUGUCCCAUCACCUCCUCCUAGUCCUGUUAUGGUCGAAAAUUCAGUUACUUAUACGCAACGUUGGGUUGAUAGUUCGCCUGCAAUAAUGAACCAACAAAGUUAUCGAGCUGGUUCUCCAGUUAUGAUGAACCAACAAAGUUAUCGAGUUGGUUCUCCAGUUAUGAUGAACCAACAAAGUUAUCGAGCUGGUUCUCCAGUUAUGAUGAGCCAACAAAGUUAUCGAGCUGGUUCUCCAGUUAUGAUGAACCAACAAGAUUAUCGGGCUGGUUCUCCAGUUAUGAUGAAUCAGCAAAAUUACCGGGCUGGUUCUCCAUUUAUGAUGAAUCAGCAACGUUAUAUGGCUGGGUCACCUGCCAUGGGAAUGAAUCCAUGUGCAGCCUAUGGCAAUGGUUCUUUCAUUCGUUAA